CCAGACAACAUCUUAAUGGACAGCGCCGGUCACUUGAAGAUUGGCGAUUUCGGUCUUGCCGUGAUGAACAUCUUUGGGGAAAGGAAGAUCUCACAAUAUGCCGGAACUCUUAGCUACAUGGCACCCGAGAUUCUUCUGGAGAAGCCCUACAACACGGCAGUGGACUGGUUCUCAGCUGGUGUGACGAUAUAUGAGAUGGCUACUGGCAAAUAUCCAUUCUCUGCCAGUAUAUUUCCUGAAAAAAUUCAGAAGUCACUGAUCAACGAUGUUCCCACCUACCCAAAACGACUCGACCCACAAGCCAGAGACCUCAUAGAGAGGCUCUUAAUCAAGUCACCAGAGAGUCGCCAGUUAGCGGUAUGUAACAUCAGGGAACAUCCAUUUUUCAUGGACAUCGAGUGGACAGAUAUAGAGGAAGCAGCAGCUUGUCCACCAUUCCAACCAGGACCACUACCAGUGAUGACAUCGAAAAAAAUAAAUGAUGUCCUAUCCUCCACCGAAGCCAAUAAGCCACCAAUGGCCGAUAAAGAUCAAAAGCUAUUCUGUGGAUUCACUUUUGCCAAUGCCAGAUGGCAGGUCAUAAAGCCAAUACAAGAACCUGUCAUACGUCAUCGCAGAACAUUUGGCAGAAUUGUGAGAGAGAUCGUCCACAGGAUCUGGAGGAGGAUAAACCACUGGAAGUGAGCAGCUCCACUAUAUAUACAGAUGUCCGCAAUAGAUCAGUGGGAGAAAACCAUCAUGUUAUAGCAGAGCCUCUUGAUGACAUCACACUCACCAGGAAAAUCCACCGAGAAUUGCUGUCCUUGUAUGAGCCUCAAAUUCCAACCUCUGACCUCUAUGUACUCUCCUGACAACUUAUCGGUACUGUGAUAUAACAGUCCUGGUCCUUCAGUUUCAUUUCCAACUGCCACUAGGAGUAACCUGAGGGUCAUAACCUGCAGAGUAGCAGGAGCAGAGAAGCAGCAGGAAGUCGAUGAAGAUUCUUCCACGAAUCAAUGAAUUGACCGCCAGCGCUUCUAGUCCACAAGCUGCCUCUUGUGCCCAAGGGAAGGGUAGUCCUUACGCCAUGGUUCCCUAGAGGUUUCCUCCACAGGGGGUUUUUCCUCUCCUGCGUGCCAACGGAUAACAACAUCAACAAGAAAAUGGUAACUUGUUGGACUCUGCCCUCAGUGUUGAUCACACCAUCCACUAGUGGCAUAGAGGGACCGAAGAGGACAUUUACCACCAAUAAACA